AAGUCGAUGGGAGCCUCAGCCCAAAGUGGAGCGUUGUGGACGUUGGGCAGGGCAAUGACGUCCCAGUCCCUCUUCUUGGGUCUGGCCAUCUUCUCCUCGCUUCUCCAAGUGGUGAUAGAAGCCAGCUCUUGGUGGUCUCUGGGCAUGAACCACAUGAAUCCUAUGAACCCUGUUCAGAUGCCAGAGGUAUACAUAAUUGGAGCCCAGCCGUUGUGCAGCCAGCUGGCGGGGCUUUCUCAAGGACAGAAGAAACUCUGCCACUUGUACCAGGACCACAUGCAGUACAUUGGAGAGGGAGCAAAGACGGGGAUUAAGGAAUGCCAGUAUCAGUUCCGCCACAGAAGAUGGAAUUGUAGCACUGUGGAUAAUAACUCUGUUUUUGGCAGAGUCAUGCAGAUAGGCAGCAGGGAGACUGCCUUCACUUAUGCUGUCAGUGCUGCUGGAGUGGUCAAUGCAAUGAGCCGGGCCUGCAGAGAGGGGGAGCUCUCUUCCUGUGGUUGCAGCAGGGCUGCCCGCCCAAAAGAUUUACCUCGGGACUGGCUUUGGGGUGGCUGUGGGGACAACCUUGAAUAUGGCUAUCGUUUUGCCAAGGAAUUUGUGGAUGCCCGUGAGCGAGAAAGAAUAUAUCAGAAAGGAUCUUACGAGAGUUCAAGGAUCUUGAUGAACCUGCAUAACAAUGAAGCGGGGAGAAGAACGGUGUAUAGCUUGGCAGACGUGUCCUGUAAAUGUCAUGGUGUGUCUGGAUCCUGCAGUUUGAAGACCUGUUGGCUACAGUUAGCAGACUUCCGCAAAGUUGGUGAUGCUCUGAAGGAGAAAUAUGAUAGUGCAGCAGCUAUGAAACUCAACACCCGGGGCAAGCUGGUGCAGGUGAACAGCCGCUUCAAUGCUCCAACCAUCCAUGACCUUGUGUACAUUGAUCCCAGCCCAGACUACUGUGUGCGCAAUGAGAGCACUGGUUCCCUGGGGACGCAGGGCCGGCUCUGCAAUAAGACUUCUGAAGGCAUGGACGGCUGUGAACUCAUGUGUUGUGGGCGAGGCUAUGACCAGUUCAAGACAGUGCAGACAGAACGCUGCCACUGCAAGUUCCAUUGGUGCUGCUAUGUGAAAUGCAAGAAGUGCACAGAAAUUGUGGACCAGUUUGUCUGCAAAUAGGUGGGGUUGGGUGGGAGGAGCUCUUCCAGUCUACCAGCAGGGGUUGCUGUCCUAAGAUGAUUUCUGCUCUUAUUUAUAGAGCCCAAUGGGUUGCUUUCCUUGUUUAUAUAUUAAAAAAAAACUUUUUUUACAA